UGCGUUAUGACCCACCUCUCUCUGUGUGUGUGUGUGUGUGUGUGUGUGUGUGUGUGUGACAGUGUGUGUGUGCGUGUGUGUGAUCGGGGAUAUCAGCCGUGUUUUCUCUCUCGCUCUCCACCGCUCCCACUCCCGUUAUUUCCGCGGCGGAUGAACCGGUCUCUACCUGCCCGGCGGAGGCUCACCUGAGCGGGACUCACCUGUCCGCGCGACGCGUAACUCCCACAGGAGAGAGAAAUCGCAGCGGAGGAAGGAGAAGAGGAAGAUCGACAGCUUUACUCUUUGUUUUGACUUUUUCUGUUAAUUACCGGAUUCUCCCCGAACCGCCGCUCGCGCGCACCGGGACCGGCGGAUCAUGCCGCGGGCCUUUCUGGUGAAGAAGGCGAACGUUUCGCCGGGGAAGCGGAACUGGAGCGAGCUCCCCGACAACGAGCGGGGGGACGUCUACAUCCCAGUCUCCAUCUUCCCGCGCUCCGUCCUGACCAUGGAGGCGGAGGCCAGCCCGGCCGAGACCUCGCCGCUCUGCCUUGCCAAGCGCUCCGUGGCCGACGCGCAGACGCACGCCGAGCUGCCGUCCAGCACCGUGCUGGGCCGGCCCCGCGACCCGGCCGGCUCGUCCGAGGAGAGGUCAGAGGUCAGGAGGCGGUCGCAGGGCGACUCCACGUACAUCCGCUCCAAGAUCAAGGUGACCACGGGAGAGUUACCCCCCGCCCCCACUGCUCACCCUCCUCCUCUUCCUCUUUCUCUUCCUCUUCCUCUUCCUCCCACUUCUCCGCCCAUGGUGACGCAUAGCGCCGUGAUGCAGGUCGCCCCGGCGGCUGCCACCACUCCCUCCACACGGGAGAGGGUCUCCAUGGUAACCAGGUCAUCGGGUCAGAGCUCAUCCUCGGGAACGUUCGUCUGUCAGGUCUGCCAGAAGACGUUCCAGCACCAGCGGAUGCUCAACAGACACGUCAAGUGUCACAACGAGACCAAGAGGCACCUGUGCAGCUUCUGCGGGAAAGGCUUCAACGACACCUUCGACCUGAAGAGACACGUACGCACACACACAGGCGUGCGUCCCUACAAGUGCACGCUGUGCGACAAGGCGUUCACGCAGCGCUGCUCGCUGGAGUCCCACAUGAAGAAGAUCCACAGCGUCACGCUCAAGUACGCCUACAAGGAGCGCCGCAACAAGCUGUACGUGUGCGAGGAGUGCGGCCACACGGCCGCCACGCAGGACGAGCUGCUGCUGCACCUGCACGCGCUGCACCCCGACAGUGCCCUGCUCAAGGGCAAGGCAGCCCGGAGGGGGUCCUCCGCGCCGGGCUCGCCGAGGGGCGCCGACAGCGACGACACCACCGGCUCCGCCGGGCAGUAGGGCGCCGCCCGGGCCUCCGAGACGAGCUUUGCACCUUCAGCUCGGGAUUUGAACCCGCAUCCAUCCAACACCCCUCCCAAAAAAACAACAAAAGACUGUACAGGUUGGGAGUGUGUCUACUGUAUCUACUGUAUAUCUGUGUAUAUUUAUGAACUUGUGUGUGGAUUUGGGCAUUACCUAAUCGGAGUGUGACCAACGGGAGUGUUACACCGGGGGCCGGCGGAGACGUGCGCACGCUUCAGAGAAAUGUCUUUUUAACAGGUCGGGUGGAUUCGGAAGAGGGUCAGGGUCCCAUUAAAAAAAAAAAAAAAAAAAAAAGUGCUUAUUCUGAGUUUAAUGCCAAAACUUUGACUUUCUUUAAAGACGUUACAGGCUUUAAAAACUUUAACACUAAUGACAGAAUGCUUUCAAGACUUUAAAAAAGGAAUAAGAAAAAGCAUUUGAAGCAUUAUUUAUUUAUAUUUUUUUUUUUAUUUGGUCCUGAUCCUCUUCGUAAGUUCAACAAGUGCAUUGAAAAGUAAAACUAAAACUCCUAAAGAUUUUCUAGUAUUCCAACAAUAUGUCUAAAUUAUUGGAAUACUUCAUAAAAGUCUUUGGUUUUACUUCUAUAUUUUGACUUUUCCAUAUAUGUGUAGAUAUUUUUUUUUUGGUUUGUUUGCUUGUUUCUUGCACCUGCACUCUCAUGAGCCAAAACAUUAUUCACAUGCCUGCUGUUUCAUGCAUGAACGGAAAUGUACUGAGAUGUUGAUAAUGUUUUGGCCGGUGUGUGUGUGUGUGUGUGUCUCUGUGGGAUGCUACUGUGGACGUGAACCUAAAAGGGAUUAAUAUAUAAAACAUGUGAAUAACAGUCACUGUGUGCGAACACCGAGUGUGGGCAGAUAUGCUGGCGUCCGGAUCUUGUUGACAGUGGAGCAGCGGUCAACACGGUUCGAGUCCCAGCCUGGUUUAUAGAGUUUACCUGUUUCUCCCUCUGCAUUUUUAAUUAAGAGAAUAUUUAUACACAUCACAUCAAUUUUUCACUCAGAAUGUUCAUUUGGAUGCAACUGCAAAAAUAAACUUCUCAGAGCUUUAUUUAAAAUGA